GUGGUGUCUGUGAUGAUUUGUGUCAUCCAAACAUUUUUUACUUCGAAGAGGGCGCGUCCACCCUUUACAGAGAGCGCAUGAUUAUAGCCUUUCAUCAGCAACACCAACUUUGAGAAGGAUGGAUCACAGCUUCGCUUACGCCAUGAACAUUGCAAGAGCUUUGGAAGGACGUGCGUUGUUUUGAAGAAACGUCGACAAAAAAACAGACUAAACGUGACUUAUCUAUAUAACAGAAUUCCCAGAAUCAAUUUACCAUGUUUAAAGCAGUAUUUGGGUGGAGUAGGAAAGAAGACAAGAGGAGUCGGAAGGAGCAAGUUAAAAAAGUAGUGGCUGACUACCACACCCACAGUAUCCAGAGAAGGGGUACUCGUUCCUGGGUGACCCACUACCAGGAGCCUGGCCGUGCCCACCACCUCCAGGAGAGGCCAAGGGGAAAGCUCGCCAAAGGGGAGUCCAUCUCCCUGCCCUCCUCCCCCCUGGUCCCUCGCCAGUCCUUCAUACCCUCGCACAUGAGCACCAAGUCCCCAGGUCUCUACAGAAAGCUGGAGUAUGCAGAGAGUCCUUCUUUUCCCGGCGAUGCCUUCGUCUUCGCUCUGAACGACAGGCGGGGUUCUCAGAGAGAGCUGCACACGGAGCUCCAGCCCAGCUCCUCCUCCUUCUCAACCCAGGAACUGAUGACCAGGCUGGGCUUCCUACUGGGAGAAGGGACCCCCGCCUUGCCUAGCGCCCCGAUGGAGGACCGGAAGGAGAAGAAGUGUAACGUCUAUGGCCAGGCGGCGAGCCCCUGCUCUACACUGACCUGCAGCACCUCGUCCCCCUGCUCAGACAGCCCCAGCUCGACCCUGGGCGGUGGCGGUGCUGGGGGGCCUCCCGGUUUCCCCAGCCCCAGGCACCCCGGUCCCAGUCCAGGAGGGACCCUGCUCAGCCCCAGCUCCUGCCGCAGCCCCAGCUCCACGCUCGAGAGCCAGGACAGCGGAAUCAUAGCUACCAUCACCAGCUCUUCUGAGAAUGAGGAGCGUGGCGGCUCCACUCUGGAUCUGAGUAAAGAUGGUAGCAGGAGGUCCGGUGGACACAGUGGGCGUGGAGAUGACCCCUGCCCUCCUAUUGCCAAGGACGACCUGCCAGUACCCAGCGAAGUCCCUCCCAGGUCUGACGUCACGGUCCUAGGGGAACCCAGAACUCCGCCUCCAGCCAAGAAGCCCCACCCACAGCGUCACACACAUAGCACUUCGUCUCUGGUGAUGCCGCGGCCAAACUCUGUGGCAGCCACCAGCUCCACUAAGCUGGAGGAACUGAGCUACCUGGACGAUCAGUGCGGAGCCCCGCAGCGAGGCUCCGUCAAACAGCCCUGGAGCAACACAGGGGGAAAGGACGCUAAAGCGCGCUUCGCUCCCUUCAAGUCAGGUGACAUCAUGCUGAAGCCGCUACUGUUUGAGGUUCCGUCCGUCGGCCCGGACCAGCCUUUCCAGGGCCGCGAUUGGCUGUUCCAGCGGCUGGAGGAGGUCCUGAAGCAGAGUGACUCCUGCGAAGGCCGCGGGGCCGUGGUGGUGGGCGACGUGGGCUUCGGCAAGACGGCCAUCGCCUCGCGGCUAGUGGCCCUCAGUUGUCACGGCGUGCGCAUGCCACAGGCCCCCGUGCAGAAGGCCUCCAUGCAGAGCCCCGGCGCCUCUCCAAAAAUAGGUGGGGAUCAGGGGGCAGAUGGGACCCCAAAUGCAUCCUCACACCCGACACCUCCCAGCACGGAACCCCUGUCCUUUGAUACUGUCUGCCCUGGGACGCCUGAGGCACGCAGACAGAGAGAGGAGGCUGUCAAACACUUGGCCAGCAAGGUGGUGUCCUACCACUUCUGCCAGGCUGACAACACCUACACCUGCCUGGUCCCGGAGUUCGUUCACAGCAUGGCGGCCCUCCUCUCCAGGGCUCCGAAGCUCAGCGGCUACAGGGAGCUACUGCUGAGGGAGCCCCACCUACAGAGCACGCUCAGCCUGCGUUCCUGUGUACAGGACCCCAUCGCCGCCUUCCGCCGGGGAGUCCUGGAGCCUCUCGUCAACCUACGCAAGGAGAGGAAGGUGCCCGAGGAAGACUUCAUUCUCCUGGUUGAUGGCCUCAAUGAGGCAGAGUUCCACAAGCCGGACUACGGUGACACCAUUGCCUCCUUCAUCACCAAGAUCAUCUCCAAGUUCCCCUCCUGGCUCAAACUCUUGGUCACUGUCAGGACCUGCCUGCUGGAGAUCACCAGUCUCAUGCCCUUCUCCAGAAUCACCCUGGAUGACUUUCCCGAGAGCAGCGAGAUCGGCAGUGACCUGAGUGACUACAUCCAACGCCGCGUCAUUGCCAGCCCCGAGAUCGCCCUGAACGUCACCACGCCAAACGGCACGGCCCCGGACCCCCUCCUCCUCAGCAAGUUCAACGCUCACCUGGCCUCCCGCAGCCAGGGCUCCUUCCUGUACCUCAAACUGACCCUGGACCUUUUCCAGUCAGCCCACCUGGUGCUCAAGGGAGGCAACUACAUGGUGGUGCCGGUCGCCCUGGCUGAGGUGUACCUGCUGUGGUGUCACGCGGUGUUCAAAGGGGAGCGGGACUUCGAGCGGGCACUGCCGGUGCUCAACGUGGCGCUGGCCUCACUGCACCCACUGACAGACGAGCAGCUGUUUCGGGCACUGAACGCUGGGGGCGUCAGAGGAGAGAUGUCCUGGGAGGACUUCCAACAGCGCAUGGAGACCCUGGCCUCCUUUCUGGUGAGGCGCAGGGAUGGGACCCGCAUGCUCUUCCACCCCUCCUUCAGAGAGUGGCUGGUGUGGAGGGCAGACGGAGAGAGCACCGACUUCCUCUGUGACCCCAGGAGUGGCCACGCUCUCCUGGCCUUCAUGUUCUCCAGGCAGGAGGGCAAGCUGAACAGACAGCAGACCAUGGAGCUGGGUCACCAUAUCCUCAAAGCUCACAUUUUCAAGGGUCAGAGUAGGAGAACAGGUGUGUCCUCCAGUGUUCUGCAGGCUGUGUGGGUGAGCUACAGUACAGACAGCCUCUCUGCCGCUUUGGCCUCCCUCAGGAAUCUCUACACACCCAAUGUUAAGGUGAGUCGUCUGCUGAUUCUGGGCGGGGCCAGUGUUAGCGGCCGUUCCGAGGUGCUGGGUCGGUCUCCUGUGCUGGGCGUACACGCCCACCUGGGUCACCCCGAGAUGGUGUCCCUGCUGCUGGAGCUCGGGGCCCCUGUGGACGGCCUGUCGGACAGCGGCAUGACCCCCCUCUGUCUGGCCGCCGCAGCGGGUCACAGCGGAUUGGUGGGCCUGCUCUGUAAGAAGGGAGCCAAGGUGGGUCACGUCGACAAGAACGGCCAGUGUGCCCUCGUGCACGCCGGGCUGAGGGGUCACAUGGACGUCAUCCAUAACCUGCUGGCCCAGGACUGGGGCCCAGCGGAGGCCCCCGAGGGACCCCAUCAUCAGCGUGUAAAGAGCCAGGCCCUACAACAGGCCCUGACAGCUGCCUGCAGCAUGGGACACACACACGUCGUGAAGAGCCUACUGGAGCUGAAAGGUGAAGAUUCGGCCCUGCAGAUUGACGCCGCAGACACGCUCUGGGGGGAGACCGCUCUGAGUGCAGCUGCUGGCCGGGGCAGGACAGAGACCUGCGUGUUCCUGCUGGAGUGGGGCGCCCGGGCAGACCAACCCAACCGCAGAGGCGUAGCCCCCCUUUUCAGCUGCAUCCGGCACGGACACCCCCAGGUUGCAGAGGUUUUCCUGCAGCACAGUCUAGACAUUAACAUCAGCGACAGGCAAGGCCGCAGCCUGUUAAUGGUGGCGGCGAGCGAGGGCCACCUGAGCACUGCUGACUUCCUGCUGUCUAAGGGAGCUGCUCUGGCCUACGAGGACAAGGAGGGUCUGACCGCUCUGAGCUGGGCCUGUCUGAAAGGCCAAAAGGCCAUGGUGCAGCUCCUAGUGGAGAGGGGGGCGGAGAUUGACCACCCUGACAGGAACGGACGAACCCCCCUCGACCUGGCUGCCUUCAAUGGAGAUGCAGAGAUGGUCCAGUACCUGGUGGAGAAGGGCGCGGCGGUGGAGCAGGUGGACCACACCAACGGGAGGCCCCCGGAGAGGGCCGCGGGCGGGAGGAACACGGCUGUGGUGGUGGCGCUGCUGAAAAAGGGAGCCAAGCCGGGUCACGCCACGUGGGCGAUGGCCACAUCCAAACCAGACGUUCUCCUCAUCCUCCUGCAGAAACUCAUGGAGGAAGGAAACCUGCUUUAUAAGAAAGGGAGGAUGAAGGAGGCCUCCCAGCGUUAUCAGUACGCUCUGAGGAAGUUCCCCCGGGACAGUUUUGGAGAUGACCUGAAGGCGCUUAAAGAGCUGAGGGUGUCUCUGUACCUCAAUAUGUCACGCUGCCGCCGGAAAACAAACGACUUUGGAAUAGCGGAGGAGUUCGCCACCAAAGCCCUGGAACUGAAACCGAAGUCCUAUGAAGCGUACUACGCCAGAGCACGAGCCAAGAGGAGCAGCAGGCAGUACGCCGCCGCGCUCGCCGAUCUUCACGAGGCGUCUCGCCUGUGCCCCACUAACCGGGAGAUCCGCCGUCUGUUGGCGCGCGUGGAGGAGGAGUGUCAGCAGCAGCAGCAGCAUUCCCCGAACACGACAUUAGGCCACGCCCACCUGGCAGCGCACGGCCAAACUGCGCAGGACCUCACAGACCGGAGCCGGGAUGAACUGGAUGACGACUAUGAAGAAAUAGAUGGAGAGGAAGAGCCCUCACAGAACCCUUAUGGACCCAACAGGCCUCUGAACCCCUAUGGACCCAACCGGGCUCUCCCGCCUGUACCAGGCACGGUGGGCUUCGCUCCCCUGGACCCCAGGUCCGGUUCCUCUCCGGACGGAUCCGCACAGGCCCACGAAUCCCUGGGCAAGCAAGGCCCAGUCCUCCAGGAUCCCAAACAGAACCAGAGCUUCAAGGCCAAGCAGCAGCACUGUAACUCCCUGCAAGUGGGGGCCCGUCCCGGGGGCAGGCCCAUGUCCCUGUGCGGCCCGUCCAGCCCCCUGCCGGGAAGACACCUCUCCAGCUCUCUGAGACCCAGCCCUGGCCUGGGCAUCGACAUCAGUCCUCUGCUCUCCUCCGCGGACCACCACCACCCCCCUUCCUCAUCGGCAUCGUCUGUCCAGCCCUUCCACGGCCAGUCCUCCAGCCUGGUUAAGGGAACGGACGGGCUCUCUGCCCACCCCAGUGCCGCUCCGAACGGACAGACGGGGUCCCUUGCCCCCGGGGGUCCGGCCGGCCCUGGCCUGGGCCCCGCCGGUCAAACGGCCAGCGUUAGAGCCUCCAGCUCCAACAGCAGCUUGGCCUCCAGCGGGACCCUGUCAGACAGCGGCAGGGCCCCGGCACCUCAGGGGACCGACCUGCCUCGCACCAAACCGGAGUUGAAGCCUCGGCCGUUCAUGGGGGUGAAAGACAAGGCGGUGCGCGUCCAGGGGCAGCCGCAGCCUGGACUGGGGUGGCAGGGCCAGCCAAUCUCCCCCGGGGGGAUGGAGAACCAGAGGCACAGCGUGGCCGCCGCCGACAACCUCCAGGGGUUGGGUAACGAGUUCAAGCAGAGGUCCUCGUACGCGGAGCCACAGCAGAACCCAACGCCCCUCCAGCCGCACAACGGGUCCCAGGCCAGGGAAUUUGGAGAGCGGUUCUACCACAGGGAGCCGAGGCCGGGACCGAGUUCUGCCGCGAGCCACUCGGCCCAGUUCCCGGAGGGGAACCACCGGCAGGCGGCUCUCACCAGGGAUAACCCCCCUGGCCUCCCGAUCAAACCCAAACGCUCCUUCAUAGAGUCGAACGUCUGAGCCGAGCCAGACUUUCAGUCACAGGCGCCGUAACUCGCCGGGCAGUGGGCCGCGUAUAUACCCAGGGGAGCGACAGCGGGGGUCGCUUCCUUCACCUGGUUCCUUGUAGAGUUACAGUGUACGCGAUGUGCCGCAUUUAGACUCAAAGUAAACUUGUGCUUUUGCGUGAGCAUGUCUAGAACCACUCCGGUCGGCAGAUAACAGAACCAGACCACGGAACCCUUAUAUAGCACCAGACCAAUAGCGGAACAGUAGCACAGCAUCCAACUUUGGUCCAUUAUAACAAUGUAACAAUAAUGUAAGUUGUGAUCUACAACACUGAAGGGGUUUUAAUACGGCCCGCUAACAAUUAGCACGCACGCUGAAGGGGGAUGUUUAUACAUUGCAUUUGUAUAUGUGAUAUUUAUAGAUUACGUACGUGGUGAUAGCCUUUUGUCGGUGUAACAGAGCCCUCGAUGCCAAGUGGAUCACGAUGCAUGGAGGCUUCUGAAUCUUUGUACAUUUUAUAAAUAAUCCUAUUUAAGUAAGUGUACAUAUAAUGCCUUGAACAUUGAUUAACUGCUUGUUAUUGCCGUCUAUGUCAGUUCAUUUAUGG